AUGUUCACUGGCUUUUGUGACACAAUCACAGAAUCACACAGUGCAGAAGAGGCCCUUCGGUCCAUCGAGUCUGCACCGACAGCAGUCAGACUGAGCGAGGUUAAGAAACAAGGCAGCAGCUUUCGUCUGGAUACCGUUCAAACCAAGACUACCCUGAAAGCUGAGGAUGCAAUUGUCAGGAUUAACCAGCGUAUCUUUCGAUAUGAAAAGCCCUGGAGGAGCUUCCUCAUCGAAGGGGACAUCAUCAAACCUCUGUGGAAGAAUGCUGUAAUGUCUGAAACCAAGACAUGGCAGAAAUCGCCAGAUGGGAUGGUGAGAAUUCCAUAUGAAAUAUCACAGCAGUACGAUGAGGAGACUCGGAGCUCUAUCAGCCGAGGAUUCAAGGACUUUGAGAAAUUCACGUGUGUACGGUUUGUACCUCACUGUGAUGAGGGGGACUUCAUUUCCAUUCAGCCCAUUCAUGGGUGUUACUCAUCCGUGGGCCGUGUUGGUGGGAUGCAGCUCAUCUCACUGAAUCACCAGUGCCUGAAGAAGGGGAAGGGAGUUGUUGAACAUGAGGUCAUGCACUCACUAGGUUUCUGGCAUGAGCAUGCGAGGAGUGACCGAGACAAAUACAUCAAAAUUGAGUGGAAGAACGUGUGGCCUGGUUAUGAACAUAAUUUCUUGAAGCAAAAUACCAACAAUCUCAAGACCAAAUAUGAUUAUGGCUCCAUCUUGCACUACAGCAGGACUGCAUUUUCCAAGAACGGACAGCCAACCCUGAGACCACUGAUGGAUACGGAUUCUGUGAUUGGCCAGCGCAUCCGCCUGAGUGAGCUGGACUUGAUGAAGGUUAACCGGCUCUACAACUGCACCACGUAUCUCAAAGAUAAGGCGAAUGUGGCGAAACAUGGUUCCUUGCAUGAACUUGGAAGAACUAAAGAAGCGAGGAGAUUGAAAUAUCUAUUGGAUAUCUAUCCUGAAACAGCGAAAGUGAGGAGCUUGAACGGGAAUGGGUCCACAGGAAACCAGACCACGACCACUGCCCGUGGAUAUCCUGAGUGCUUUCUACUAGGCACAUGCUCACCCACUUCCUGGCCAACUAAGUCGGUGCCAGCAGUCAUCCAGAAUACCUCUGUCAUAGCGGCGUUAAAAGAACCUGCACCUGAAGCUUCUGGGGAUCAGGAGGAGUUGCCUGUUGUGGCACGUGUCCAGAAAGGAAAAGUUGAGACACUGUUUCCCACUCUAACUGAGCUGCCUUUUUCCCAGAGUCUGACCGCAAACCUGGUGACCACUCACUCCCUUCUGCACAGAAUGUCUCCUGCACUGACCAUGCGGGCUCCGACUCAACGACCUAUAGCUUGCCCCAAGGCAUGCAUCAGCCACUUGACCGAGGAACCAGCUUUCCACCAACGAAGCCAAAAUUCAUUUGGCCAGAUUGAAUCGUUGCCCAGAACUCCCCACGCCCUUAAAACUGAUAACCGGACUCAUGGGUCAGUUUUGUUUCUGGCUGACUCAUUGACCACUGUUCGCCAGGGUUUUCGACCAAUCAGCUGGACUGAUUUACCAGACACACGCACACACACAGUCAAUAUUGUUCACCAAUCUUUGCCAUCAGUUAGUUUUCCUCCCAUUCUGAGCAAUGCUAUUUAUCCAAAACAGCUCACCAUGUCCUGUCAAAGUAGUAAACAUAGAUAUCAAAGAUUGCCCGUUCUUCCCCCAGUCACCCAGACACACACAACUGGACACUUGAAAACAGUGACCCUAGCCAGUCAACUUAAGGUGCCAACUGUGCCUCCACAGUUGAUAAUCCCAGGAACUCACACCACCAUAGCACCUCAAGCUCUUGCCACAGAUAUUGAGCAAAGUACCAGUGUGCAGAUCAGAAUGACCACACAGAGAAAAGUUCCGACAGUGACCUUGCACACAAAAGGACUGUAUUCUCACCUGAAACCUAAUAGUUUCGCUGAAUGGAACAAGGCAUUUACAUCAAGUGACCCUCUGAUGACAACCACGCCUCCUCAUGCAGACAUCCUACUGCAGUCCAGUCCCCCUGCGGACAUGCUGUUUGUGCCCACUCUCCCUGUGGAGUUGCUGCUGGCCUCUACUCCCCCUGCGUAUGACUUGCUGGGGUCCACCCACCCUGGGAAGACCAUGUCAGAGUCCACUAAUGCUGCAGAACAUCUCCCUCAGUCCACUCUCCCUGCGGUCACUCUGCAGGAGUCCACUCGCCCUACAGAAUUGCUGCUGACCUCCACUCCCCCUGCGACUGCCCUACCGGAGUCCAAAGACCCAGCCGGCACUCUGUCUGAUUCCACGCCCCCUGCGGUCACCCUGCCGGGCUCCACUCCCCCCGCGGUCACCCUGCCGGGCUCCACCCGCCCUGCGGUCACCCUGCCGGGCUCCACCCGCCCCGCGGUCACCCUGCCGGGCUCCACCCGCCCCGCGGUCACCCUGCCGGGCUCCAUCCGCCCCGUGGUCACCCUGCCGGGCUCCACUCCCCCCGCGGUCACCCUGCCGGGCUCCACUCCCCCCGCGGUCACCCUGCCGGGCUCCACUCCCCCAGCGGUCACCCUGCCGGGCUCCACCCACCCCGCCGUCACCCUGCCGGGGUCCGCGCCCCCCGCCGUCACCCUGCCGGGCUCCACUCCCCCCGCGGUCACCCUGCCGGGCUCCACUCCCCCCGCGGUCACCCUGCCAGGCUCCACUCCCCCCGCGGUCACCCUGCCGGGCUCCACUCCCCACGCGGUCACCCUGCCGGGCUCCACUCCCCCCGCGGUCACCCUGCCGGGCUCCACUCCCCCAGCGGUCACCCUGCCGGGCUCCACCCACCCCGCCGUCACCCUGCCGGGGGACCCUGCCUGA